GCCACGCUCGCGCCCGCCCGCCAGCCCCGCGCCGGACACUCGCAGUCACUGGGCGAACCCCGAGCGGCCGAGGUCACCGCGGGGAGGCGGGGCGGAGGCAGCAUGGCAGCCUCCUUGUGGUUCCGAGGAGCCGCCGGCGGCCUCCGCUACUGGAGCGGCCGGCGGCGGGCGGCAGCGGCCAGCCUUGCAGUCGUGUGUUCUAGGUCAAUGGCCUCUAAGACUCCAGUUGGAUUUAUUGGACUAGGCAACAUGGGCAAUCCAAUGGCAAAAAACCUCAUGAAACAUGGCUACCCACUCGUUAUUUAUGAUGUGUUCCCUGAUGCAUGCAAAGACUUUCAGGAUGCGGGUGAACAGGUAGUGUCUUCCCCAGCAGAUGUAGCUGAAAAAGCUGACAGAAUUAUUACCAUGUUGCCCACCAGUAUGAAUGCAAUAGAAGUUUAUUCUGGAGAAAACGGAAUUCUAAAAAAGGUGAAGAAAGGCUCACUGUUAAUAGAUUCCAGUACUAUUGAUCCUGCAGUUUCAAAAGAAUUGGCCAAGGAAGUUGAGAAAAUGGGAGCAGUUUUCAUGGAUGCGCCCGUGUCUGGUGGUGUGGGAGCUGCUCGCUCUGGGAAUCUCACGUUCAUGGUUGGAGGAGUUGAAGCUGAAUUCGCUGCUUCCAAAGAGUUGCUGGAGUGCAUGGGUUCCAACGUGGUGUACUGCGGUGCAGUUGGGACAGGGCAGGCUGCAAAGAUCUGCAACAAUAUGCUGCUAGCUAUUAGUAUGAUUGGUACUGCUGAAGCUAUGAAUCUUGGAAUAAGGUUAGGGCUUGACCCACGGCUCUUGGCUAAAAUCCUGAACAUGAGCUCGGGACGGUGCUGGUCAAGUGACACUUACAAUCCUGUACCUGGGGUGAUGGAUGGAGUUCCCUCUGCAAAUAACUAUCAGGGUGGAUUCGGAUCAGCACUCAUGGCUAAGGACCUGGGACUGGCGCAAGACUCUGCUACCAACACAAAGAGCCCCAUCUCUCUGGGAAGCCAGGCUCACCAAAUCUAUAGGAUGAUGUGUGCGAAGGGCUACGCAAAGAAAGACUUCUCAUCCGUGUUCCAGUUCCUGCGGGAGGAGGAGAGCAUCUGAGGUGGCCCUCUGGCCGUGGACUCUGUUGGAAACCAAACUCUACCUUGGAGCCUCCUCCUAGCUCACUCCACAAGUAAAUGGGUUUAAUCACAGGCCACCCAUCUGCUUUUGAUCCUCUAAGGCCAAAUAAACCCUAGGAUUUUCCACCCAUUUUUAACUGCUUAUUCUUUGAAACGAUUUAGGAAACAUCCUCUCCGAUUUCUUUUUUUCUACAAGCCACUGAUGGUCUCUGCUAGUGAGCCAAUUGACCUUUUUCCGAAGUACGAUCCCUGAACAUCUUCAACUAAAUCGUUGCGUAUUUGAUCAGGAUCUGAGUUACUCUGCUUUUCAAAUAAAACCAAACUUUUUUCAACAGGGUAAACCCUGUCUUAAAGGAAAGAAAACAACUCAGUGUGAGGAAAGGAGUUGGAGGAGGGGAGGUGCAGUGCGUCACUCCCCGUGCCCCUCCGAGGUGCCAGGACUCCCCUGGCCUGCUGGCAUCGGUGGUGGCAUGCUCGCAUUGCUCAGGCUGGGAUGGAGCGAGACCACUCCUGCCUCACAGCUCUUCAUUCGGGCUCAGUUGCAGGAUCUCAGUGUGCCCCUCACAACUCCCAGUACUCAGAAAACUUGUUUUCUAUGUUUUGCUUCCUUGUACAUUCUUACUACAUAUUUUUUGACUUCAGAAGAAUGACAUCUUUAGAUCUGUUUCAGAGCCAAUGAUGAUACUUGCUUUAGAAAAUUAUAACAUUCUAAAUAGAACCAUAUUAUUUUCAAUUCAAAUAAAUUUCUAUGCUGAUAGUA